CAUGUGCAAGUGAAGUAAAUGGUGCAUGUUGCAUGGCUCAUAUAAUAUGGUAAAAAAAAAAAAUCUCUCUCUAUCAAUCAACCACGUCUUCCGAUUUUUAGCCAACUAGCCAUGGAGAAAAUGUUGAAUUACAUUCUUGCAUAUGCAUUCCUCACCAACAACAGCUUCACAGGUUCCAUCCACUAAUCUCUCUCAAACUUAACAAACCAACGAUCCCUUGACCUACCUUACAAUUCUCUGAGUGGAGAAAUCCCAAAAGAGUUAGGUAAACUUCAGAAAUUACGAAGGCUGUGAAUCGAAUUCAAUCAUCUCUCUGGUGCUAUACCAUCCGAGAUAUUCAACAUGUCAAAGCUGGUAUAUAUAGCCCUGGGACUAAAUGAAUUGAGUGGAAGUCUUCCAACAGACCUCUGCGGUAAUCUUCCAUUUCUUGCUGGGAAUGGGAUUUAUCUAUCCAGAAAUCAGCUGAGUGGCGCGAUUCUGUCAAAUCUAUCCCUAUGUUCACAUCUGCAGGUGGUGUCCCUAUCUGGCAACUCUUUUAAUGGGCAGAUACCUGCAGAAAUCGGCUACUUAACAUCUCUUCGAAUAUUAUUCCCCGGUUCUAACAAUUUGAAUGGUAAACUACCUCCUGAGAUUGGAAAUCUUCACAACCUGGUUGAUUUUGCUGGUGAAAAUAAUCAGAUUGGGGGCACUUUAAAUAUUUUGGUGAAUAUGUCUUCUCUGCACGAAUUAUCACUAUGGCGCAAUAAUUUCACUGGGAAUCUUUCAAGGGAUUUUGGGAAUCUUACUAUGCUAACCAAGUUUGUUAUCUUCGAAAACUACAUGACAGGGCAUAUUCCUACUGAAUUUGGCCGACUGAAGAAAUUAGUGUUAGGGUUGAACAACUUCAGUGGAUCUAUUCCACAUGAGCUCUUUAACAUUUCAACUCUUCAAACCCUUCUUGUUCCCUUUAAGUGAUGGAAUCAAAGUCACAAUGGACUUCUUCACACUUGCGUAUUUGUCCUCCAUCGACUCAUACGAAGUGGAUGCACCAUCUUGGCUCCUACUAAACUCAGAAUCUACAUGAGUUGUGGCAUAACUUCGAAAAUGGACUCCUUUAUACUUGGGUAUUUGGAGUCCAUAUAGUUUCCUUCGACCUCACUAGGCCCCCUCACUUCUAUGCUUCUUGAUGUUUUCUUCGACCUUUCCUUGACUUUUUCUUUUUUUCUUUUCAUUUUCUUCAUUGGUUGCUUCUUGCCAACAAAAUUUGUUAUAUUCCGACGAGGUAAAUAUGUAACACCGAAAA